AUGGCGGCGUUUACCAGAUCAAUGUGGACAAAAAUUAAAGAUGGAUUCGAAUCACCUACGGGAAAAACAACAUCAAAUACAUCUGCUCCGCCGGCUGCAUCUAGAACCUAUGCAUUCAAUGGAGAUGUGAUAUUGGACAUUGAUCGACAAGAUACAACUGUUCGUGUAACAUCUCCAUCACAUCGGCCAAUUUUUACUGUUGCUGUUGGAGCAUUCGAUAUUGUCUUACUUUUAAUUACGUAUAUUGUUCAACGAGAAAGAAAUAUUACAUCAAAUACACUAAUAAAAAUGGGUGGUAAAUAUGUACCUUGUAUGAAGUCUCUGUCUUCAAAAGCAGAACGCAUAGACUACGAUUCCGGUCUCAAAUCACAAUGUUAUGCUUUUCUUUUUCCUUAUCAAAUAUAUCGAUUUUUUACACCAAUGUUUCUUCAUAUUGGUAUACGUCAUCUUCUGAAUAAUCUAGUCUUUCAAGCAAUAGCUGGCUCUGUAUUGGAAAGAAAAUAUGGAACAAAAAUAUUUUCAAUAUGUUACAUACUAUUUGGCUUUAGUGGAAAUCUAAUGAGUGCAUUAGUUAGUUCAAAGAAUGUAUCUGUUGGUGCAUCGGGUGCUGUAUAUGGUCUAUUAUUCUUCUGUAUUAUUGACAAUACUUUACGAAUCUUUACAAUUACAGUUUUAAAAGACAAAAUUAUUCAAUUUUUACUCAUGCUACUCGUUGUUCCUUAUUUUAUCAUGAGCGUAUUUUUGGAUGUUGACUUUUCUGGUCAUAUUGAUCAUGCAGCACAUGGCGGUGGUGCAUUGAUGGGAAUUUUAGUAGCUAUGUUUUUGUGUGAUAUGCCUGACUUCAUCACAGUUCGAGUUCCUAAUGGAGGACGGCGAAUUCAAUUCAUUGCAUUGGUUGCCAUCAUUGGUUACAUUAUCAUCUCAUUAUUUGUCUUUUACCUACUUAAGCCAAUUAGUAUUAAAUAA